AUGACGAGAGUAAAGAUGGUCGAAGACAAUAAUCCAUCAGCGAUUGUUAUUGGAAGAGGAAAUGAUCGUGUAGCAAUUAAUUUCAAACCGAAUCAGCUCGGUCAAUUGCAAACAGGAUUGCUAUCAUCGAUUUUGAUCGAACUUGGCGAUAUUGAAGUCGAAAUACGUCGAUCAAAGAAGGCGUUAGAAACUCGGUCGAAAUCUCUCAAUCAUCGACUCAAUGAACUAGGCAAAUCGAAGAAAAACGGUGAGAAGUCGAAACCAGUACAAGCUCAUUGGGAUUACUCGUCAUUAUUUGGACCAAAUAUGUGGUCACGAAUAUUUCCCGACUUGAAAGAUCGGAAAUUUCAAUCGCCUAUUCGAAUCUAUACCGAACAAGCAGAAUAUGAACCUAUAUUAACUCGGUAUCCACUCAUAUUUGAUACUGUUGACGAUUGCUGUCAAACGCUUGAAAAUACAGGACACACAUUUCAAGUGUCGGGAACCGGUCACACUUAUAUUACCGGCGGUCCUGUACUCGAUGAAUUCCAGUUUUUACAAUUUCAUAUGCACUGGGGUGCCAAUGAACAUGAAGGCUCUGAACAUGUCAUUGACGAUGUUCGAUCGGUAGCUGAAUUGCACAUUGUUACAUGGAAUACAACGCAGUUUUCAACUCCUCAAGAAGCAGCUAUAUCCGAUCAAUUCGAUGGUUUAUUGGUAUUUGCUGUAUUGUUCAACGUCGUACCAAUCGACAAUCCAACGUUGGAACAAUUAAUAGAACUUCUUCCACAAAUCGCACAUAAAGGACAGAAAAUUACAUUAGACUCGAACGUUGUUUCAUUAAGAAAUUUCAUGCCUAAGAAUAUGGAAGAUUACUAUACAUAUAGCGGUUCAUUAACUACUCCCAUGUGUUACGAAAGUGUUCGAUGGGUUAUCUAUCGCGAGCGAAUGAAUAUUUCACGAAAACAGCUCAAUCAAUUACGAAAACUAAGACAUACGUGUGCAAGCGACAAAGCAGUUAAUGGAUGUAUCAAGAAAAACUUUCGACCUUUGAUGCCGAUCAACGGACGAAGAAUUUUUCGUUCUUUUCGUUGA